GCGCCGGCGCACCGCCCGCUAGAAGCCGAGGGCGGGACGUGGGCGCGGCAGAGCCGAGGCAGCGGCGGCGCGGACGGACUGUGGGUGAUCGGCAUGGCUCGCCUGGUGCUGGGUCUGGUGAGCUGUACCUUCUUUCUAGCAGUCAGCGGUCUGUAUUCCUCUAGUGAUGAUGUCAUCGAGUUAACACCAUCAAAUUUCAACAGAGAAGUAAUUCAGAGUGAUGGUCUAUGGCUUGUAGAAUUUUAUGCACCAUGGUGUGGUCAUUGCCAGAGGUUAACACCAGAAUGGAAGAAAGCAGCAACCGCGUUGAAAGAUGUGGUUAAAGUCGGUGCAGUUGAUGCAGAUAAACAUCAGUCCCUGGGAGGUCAGUAUGGAGUCCGGGGAUUUCCCACCAUCAAGAUAUUUGGAGCUAACAAAAACAAACCAGAAGAUUACCAGGGUGGCAGAACUGGAGAAGCCAUUGUAGAUGCCGCCCUCAGUGCCUUGAGCCAGCUCGUGAAGGAUCGCCUUGGUGGGCGGAGUGGUGGGUACAGUUCUGGAAAGCAGGGUAGAGGUGAUAGUUCAAGUAAGAAGGAUGUGAUAGAAUUGACGGAUGACACCUUUGAUAAGAAUGUCCUUGACAGUGAAGACGUUUGGAUGGUUGAGUUUUAUGCUCCAUGGUGUGGACACUGCAAAAACUUGGAGCCAGAAUGGGCUGCUGCGGCCACAGAGGUAAAGGAGCAAACAAAGGGAAAAGUGAAACUGGCAGCCGUGGAUGCCACCUUGAAUCAGGUUCUGGCCAGCCGAUACGGGAUUAAAGGAUUCCCUACAAUCAAGAUAUUUCAGAAAGGCGAGUCUCCUGUGGACUAUGAUGGUGGUCGGACGAGAUCUGACAUAGUGUCAAGGGCCCUUGAUUUGUUCUCUGAUAAUGCCCCACCUCCAGAGCUGCUUGAGAUAAUCAAUGAAGACAUAGCCAAGAAGACAUGUGAGGAGCACCAGCUCUGUAUCGUGGCCGUACUGCCUCACAUCCUGGACACUGGAGCUGCAGGCAGAAACUCUUACUUGGAAGUUCUUCUGAAACUGGCUGACAAGUACAAGAAGAAAAUGUGGGGGUGGCUGUGGACAGAAGCUGGAGCCCAGUAUGAACUGGAGAACGCACUAGGGAUUGGAGGGUUCGGGUACCCUGCCAUGGCAGCCAUCAAUGCACGCAAGAUGAAAUUUGCUCUUCUCAAAGGGUCUUUCAGUGAACAAGGCAUCAAUGAGUUUCUCAGGGAACUGUCUUUCGGGCGUGGCUCCACAGCACCUGUAGGGGGAGGGUCCUUCCCUACCAUCACUCCCAGGGAGCCCUGGGAUGGCAAGGAUGGUGAGCUUCCUGUGGAGGACGACAUUGACCUCAGUGAUGUGGAGCUUGAUGACCUGGAGAAGGAUGAAUUGUGAGGGCCACAGCCCAGCCUUCAAAUGUCUUUCCUUGGGAAUGAGCAGUUUUCCUGCAGUAAAAGUUCUUCCGGUCAGCUGUCUGCUGCUGUCCUUUCCGAGCAGCACGUGCCGGCCACUGGAAACUGCCAACAGUGAACCUCAGCGUCUCAAGAAAACACUGAAGAAUUCUAUGAAUUGUAGCAGUGAAUUGGAUUGUAUUCUCUGGCAUAUUUUGAAGAAAACUGGGCUAUUGAAACAUUUUUCCCUCCUAACUGCUGCUUGAAUGUUCUUGGAGGCUAUUUCUUAUGUAUAGGGUUUUUAAAAUGUGAUUCCUUUGUUUGAAUAUUAAUGGCUUUUUCCAUUAAAGAAUAAAAUGAUAUUUUGGACAAUG